CAGAACAUGUCCGCGAAAGCAGAAAAUUGAGUAAUAAAACUUGAGGCCGACGAACGGUUUGAAGCAUUCAUCCCGCCCGCUAGGCGCCAGAACAGGGAUAGGCUUCGUUUGAUGCACGGACACAUUGUGCGAUUGCUGCGGUAGCCGAUUUGUUGUGCGGGUGUCGAGCGAAAAACCUUGCGCGGAUCGCAUGCAACUGUGUCCGCCCGCACCGCCGUAUCAUGACUACGGCUACACGAGCGUGAUCAAGUUCCGUAGUUGAACGUGGUAGAUCAACGGCGCCUUGGCAGCAUCAGCGGAGAUCUGACACGGUAAAGCUUGUUUACUCCCCGGUGUGCCGGCUGCCUCACCGUGUCUGUGAGAAGCCAUGCAGAAGGUUGGUGGCGGCAGCGUGUCGUCUGGGCGACCCAUCAAGUGUGUGGUGGUGGGUGAUGGCACAGUGGGCAAGACGUGCAUGCUUAUCUCCUACACGACCGACUCCUUUCCGGGCGAGUAUGUGCCCACUGUGUUCGACAACUAUUCGGCAGCCAUGAUGUGCGACGGAGUGCCAGUCAGCUUGGGCCUCUGGGACACUGCUGGCCAGGAGGACUAUGACCGCCUCAGGCCCCUCUCUUACCCACAAACAGAUGUGUUCCUCAUAUGCUUCAGUGUGGUGAGCCCAUCUUCAUUUGAGAAUGUCACCUCCAAGUGGUUUCCAGAGAUAAAGCACCACUGUCCUGAUGCACCCAUCAUUCUUGUUGGGACCAAGAUGGACCUCCGCGAAGAUAAGGAGACUUUGCAGCAGCUGUCGGAGCAGGGCCUGUCGCCAAUCAAGAGGGAGCAGGGCCAGAAGCUGUGCUCCAAGAUUCGUGCCAUCAAGUACCUCGAGUGCUCAGCCCUUACACAAAGAGGCCUCCGACAGGUAUUUGACGAGGCAGUGCGAGCAGUUCUCCGGCCAGAGCCCCUGAAGCGGAGGCAGCGGCGAUGCAAGAUCGUCUAGGGCUCUUUUUCCUCCCAUUUAGUUUUUGUCUUAAAGGGAGAGGAUGGUCGUCUCUCGGCCCCUGUGUGAACCUCGUCUCUUCGUCUAGACCCUCAUUCAGGAGGACACACAAGUGCAAACGCAUCGCCACAAGAAUAGAGUGCUGCAAACCAUCACAAUGUCAACUAACACGGCAGCACCUAUUCAUAUCGUGCCAGGUGCAACCAGUACACCACUGCUGCACCUGUUCUGUUUUUUCUUGUGGGCUGUUAGUUUUGUUUUUGUCACUUUCACUCUGUGCUCCCACUUUCUUGGGUAAAGCUGACAAACUCUUGUUCAGGCAACUUUGAAAGAUGAUGUUGCCACUGCUUUUAUGUUUUCCAAAUUUGGCAGCAAGAUUGCUCUUCUGAGCGGUCAUUGUUCAACAAGCCAUUUAUCAUGACUGAACAAGAAAGUAGGGCUGGUUUCUCACUCUUUUUCUGACAUAUCCUAGCACAAAAAGCUUAACAAAAGCUCUUGAAAGGCUGUAUUUGUUCUUUUUUAUUAUUAUUAGAAAAAUGAAAUGAAGGCACAUCACUGCAGAAACAUGGUAGUGCAUUUCCUGGCUGAAUCAGGUUAAUUGCGAUGCUUGAGUGCCUUAUGAGAACAAUGUUGGCAGUGAAAUGUGCUCUUGGUCAAAAUUUGAGCGAUAAAGAAGCAGCUUCAGGCACAAGAUCUUUUUUUAAAGCUGGGAGAGUAAAGACGCAAGUAGCUGUGUCCACCCAAGCAGAUACUAGAUGCAUUACAGAAUUUUGAAUUGCCAUGAUAGUUUGGUGUGUACUUGGUAAAGGGUCGUAACCCACAAAAUCUCUGUUGGGCAUUAUAUAAACAAAUCUUUUUUUCUCAACACAGAAAAUGAUGUUGCUCCUGGUAUGCUAUCCAGAGUUUGUGCAUUCCUGUAUUUAUUAGCACUUCAACACAUGAGCAUCCACAUUUGUCAGGCGUAGUGAACAAUGGUGAGGAUGGAAGAACAGGGGAGAGCAAGAACCGUUGUCAAAUGUUUUCGCCCUUUUAUGGUGUACUGAAAUGGGGCAGUGUACCGUCUAGUGCCCCAGAUGUGGCUCUUUUUGCAAUGACGGCCAGCGCUGCCGGAACACACCGUACUACUGUGUCUCUACCUGUCAGCACCCUCUGAAGUAAUUUAUAAGCAGUUGAGAUACAAAGCCUCUGAGAUUGGUACUUGUAGUUGCCGCGCUGGUUGUAAAAUAUACAAAGAUGAUUAGAAAAUUAUAUAAAAAAGUACAGCAAUUCGCCUUGAGCGUCAUUUUUUUUUUUUUACAGCACGACUGCUUACUGUUAUGGCUCAUGCAAAUAAGUGGUGGUCGUGGAACUCGUCCCCUGAUAACAUUAUCCUGCAGGGCCUCCUCGCGUGUUUCGUCACACGACUUCAAGUUAGUGUGAUAGCUAGGCAAAUGUCUGUAUCGAUUAAAUGUGUAGCAAUCUGCAUUUUUAUUCCUUCUGCAGUCAAAACAGUAAGCUAGCAGACGAUUUGGGUCCCCGUUCUGCAAUAAAAAUCGUAUGAGCUCAACUACACAGAAGCAGCAUUAUUUUUCUCAUUAAUAAAUCCAUAUCUGUUGGACAUGUUUUAAUCUUACAGAUACUUUCAAUUUCAACUGUAUUAUGUGACUACUUUACUCAAAAUGUGCAGUAAAGUCGGCAAUGCAAAUUUGAAUUACGCUCGCUGGGCACACCGCUCGAUCAAGGCGCCCUACUGGUGGCGUCAUCGCAAAAGCGACCGCCACUGUUCGAUCGGUUUGCUAUGAAGACGGCACACUGUGCCAUCCAGUACAUGAUCACCCUUUGUAGAAGUUGAAACAGUGUGGAAAGCUCUACGUGCACCAUAAGUAUCCUUUUGUCAUGCAUGACAGUUCCUGCUUUCUUUUUUUACCUCCUCUUUACCAUCAGCCCAUGGAUGCAAGGAAUGUUCAGCUUUCUAUGUUAGUGAAUUGUUAUGUGUGGCAUGACUACGGUAAUCAGGGAUAGCUGAUAAACUGCAAAUUUGUAUGGUUCACUAAAAAAACUGAAAAAAAUUGAUUAUAUUUCACAAAUUAUAAGUGAAACUAAAGCAGGUCCUUACCUUUGCUUGGAGCAUGUCCACAAAUGUGAUCUCUAGCAAGCGCAAUAAGAAAAGAAGAUAAUGCAAAAACAAUGUAAAUGUGUUCCGUAAUUAAUGCACACUUGUUCGAAGAAGUCUGUGGUCAUUGCAUGGUGCGCACCGCUGGUGUUCUGAAAGAUGACUGCAUCAUGUUGUCCGCAUGCUUUUGUGCUGCCUUGGGGGCAUUGUUGCCCUUCCCAAGAAAAGUAUGCAUCUUUCUUGUGCACUCCGAAAUAUUGGCGUUCGAUUCUGAUUCAUCGCUCCUCAUCGUGGGUGUUAUCAGCAUCUUCUUUGCUCUCAGUGUCCGCGUUUCCUUAAGUGCAAACAGUGUUGUCAAGCUUGCUGGUUGUCAAUGCAACUGACGUGUGUACCUCGUCUUCGCACUGCUCGUAUUGUUAAAAUGCUACCUGAGCAUCCAUGGAGGGAGUUCCUUCAAACUCCCGUACAUCACCCGCAUCGCAUUGCUUGCAGUGUUGCACACUUUCAAAUGACAUCAUGAGGUGUCCUCCAGCAGUAGCAGUCCUGGAUGGUGGUGGUUGCUGUCACGCUCCACUAGUUCCACUACAGCCAUGCACUGAUUGAGGUCAGCUGCUUCAUUGAAAGGUCGAUGAGCUGUGGCUGAAUGAGAUGCCUCUUAAAGGGCCAGUAAACAGGCUCCGACUUUUUUUUUUACACCCCCCCCCCCCUCCAUACAAGCUCGGAAAUUUGUAGAUUACACCGCAGCGAUCACAUUUUCUGAAUAUUACAGCGCUGCACGCCGCGCAGAGCCUCUAUUUCGAAAAACUAUUCCCGCACAUCUUUCCUACGCCUGACCCACCUCCUUGCAUGCGCAGCGACGUCAACUCGGCGAUCCGCGACGUGAUGUAGCACGCAGCUCGCCGAUUGGUGUAAAUCAGGUGUGAAAAAACAGUAGUGAAGUCAACGUCACUUCCUGUUUCCACCCACAGCUAGGAAACUGCCCCUUGUUUCUUGGCACUGCGGGGAAAGAACCAGCCCAAGACCAGCCUCACAGUUAUCGCGUGCACGUGUACACUCCUCGCUCCACUACAGAGCCCGUGUGCAUGCAACGAAUGUAUUUCGCCCUUGACGUGAGCAACGUGGGUAAAAAGCAUUGCUCUGUCAUCGGCUGCAAAUCGAGCGACUGGGCAGAAAAGAGGCAUCGGCUCUGGGUGCCCCACGAUGGGUGAUGGGGCCCUGCGCGCUGCAUGGCUGAAGCGAAUCAGCCAUCCAGCAACGUACGUCGGCGACCUGAUCGUUUGUGGUCGACACUUCGCACCUGACGCUUACACGGUUGACGCGGCUGGUGCGGCAAGCAGUAAACAAACAACCGCGCAUCACAGAAAGCGUAAGUGCGUUGCGACUGAUCAAGUUCGCCGAUGACGUCAAUCGCUGAGGUGUUGUCACGUUGCCGAAGUGGGCGGAGUCAUGAUGAUGGGCUACGCCUUCCCCUUCAUGGAAGGAAGAAGGGAGGCGAGGCCGCGCCAAAACUUGAAACCAGCUUAGGCCGAUGUUCUCACCCCAGUAACUUCCUUAAUAUGGCAUGUGUUCACAAAAUUCUUGCAGCAGCAUGUGAGCAAAGAAAAACUGCACAUAUAUCUCUUUUUGAAACUUUUUGGACCUCAUGGCUGUUUACUGGCCCUUUAUUGACCCCUCAGUUGGAACGAGGGAAACCGAUACUCCAGCCGUACUUUUGCUAACCAAGUGUUAGUAAGGUGCACUGGGCAGCGAUAAUGAGGGUUUUCCUUUCGAUCUGACCAUGAACUUCAAUUCAGAGAAAAGAAUUAAGACACCUAGCCAGACUGCUGAUAAGCAUGCCAUGCCUCAAACUGCGCAGAUGUUUCUAUCUGUUUGAGAAUCUAGACAUUGGUGACAAGGUGCAAAUUAAUUCUAUUACACACAGGAGACUUCUUUGGUGUAAGCACGUUUUGGACAACAUCCCCUGAAGCCAUUCAUGUCCUCACAGUAUGCAUUAUCUGCCGUACACAGCAUCAAGUUUACAUAGUUGUCAGUAAUGCUGCGUGACAAAAUUAUUGCCAGGGUUCCUAGAACAAAAGCACAGGUCAAAGGCCGUGAAGAAAAGUGACCCACAGUCAAGUCUUGUGGCAGCAUAGUACGAGGAAGCACUGCAUUUGAAUGUCUUUCAGCAAGAACAGUAAUGCUCCCUAAGCCAUUUGAUGCGUUGUUUUAAACAGCAAUAAAUCACCUAAGAUAUUAGUAUGUGAGUCGGGGAUUCAUAAUGUAGAUGGCUCUAGAUUUUCUUAUUCGCCUCAUUUUAAAAGUGUACUCCUAUAUUACUCCUAUCAUUAAUUAACUAUAGGUAUAGGCAUUCUUGAAUGCAUUGGUUAUUCGCCCAUUUUACAUUUAGCUGAUCACCUUAAAUGCAUAACUUUUUGGGGGGUGGCUGCUUUAAAAAGGCUGAUUGUAGUUGUCUACCCUUGGUAAGGGAAAAUGCAAAGGGAUGCUCUGUAGUUCACUCUUUUCUCUAUUAGUAGGUGAAAGUAACGAUAGGCUUCCACCAGCUUAGGGAUCUCUUGGGAACAGUCUGCAGUUGUUUAUGAUUGCCAUCUAGUCACUGCUUGUGUUUGGCAUUCUAAUGUCGUUUGGCAUUGCAUGCACGCCGCUGGUGCCUCUCUGUGAGGUUAUCGAUUGAUGGAAGCUGAAAGUAGGGCUGUUGAUUAGUGUUUUAAUGAGAAACUUUUCACCAAUUAGUCAUUCCCUGGUAUUACUAUUCCUACUUUUGAGCACACUUAGUCACGUGAAUACGUAGCCUCUCGUGAUUUGUCUUAAAUAUGCUUCCUGCCCUAUUGCACUACACUGAGCUGUAUUUUGUGCAACCGCUGGACUAUUUUUAGAUAUUGCAUCGUGAAGAAAAGAGGGUUGCUUGAUUACUAAUGAUGUAGAAAAAAAAACAGCUGCAGCUUUUUUGUUUGUGCAUCUUAUGCGUACAUCAUAAGUUGCUUUCCAGAAAGUGUGGCUUCGUGGCAUUUAAUUUAACCCUGUGCUACACUAGGUAUAAACUCCUGCUUUUGGAUCAUAACCUAUUCCUCUUUGCCAUUCCAUUUUUCAUGCAGACUUUUAAAAGAAGCGGUGAAGCUCAUAGCUGAAAACUGCAUUUUAGGCAACAGCGUUUUCACUAGGGAGUUAGCUUUGGUGAAGACGCCUAUGCUUUCAAAAGAGCUGAACGAGAGCACCGAACGCAUGUAUGUGGCUGCACGUAAUUUCGUACCCACUCAUGAGCUUGCCCGAGGCACUGCCCAUAAGUGCUUAGUCUAAUGCACAAUGCAGAUCUUUUUUUGCUUUCUGAAGUCGCCCAGCAACAACCAGAACUUUUGCUGUAUGUAGAGUUGCAUUGAGAACUCUCCCUCACUUCUGUGACGCUUUUUUAAGGCACACUGGAUUUAUCAUUGAAAAGUCACAAGGAAUACAUUCCUUGCAUAUUCAGGUGCCAAACUCUAGCAACACUACCACAGGUAUGCCCAUAGAAGUAAAGUGUGUGUUUCUCUUACAGUCUACUUAGUGAAACAGUUCUGUGCAGUAGGUGGAUAGCAAAAUAACAUGUCAAUUUAAGCACUACUGGUUCAAGCCCUUCGCUGUUCCGAGACAUCUGUCAUGUAGUGGGGAGCAAAUGCAUGCAUUUUCGCAACUUACCAGCCGUCCAGAGACCACGCUCUUGAGGGCUUUGUGAACAGGUGAAAAUGUUUUGCGUUGCAAGGGGGGAGGCACACAUGUAAAUGAGUAGUCGUGAAUGAUAGACGUGGAAUGGCAUGGUGUAGGUCCCAAGAACAGCAGCCUGGCACGUGCAGAUGUUACGCAUUGCAAUACGCAUUAGUCUGUGAGUAGCACUAAACAACAACAUGCAGCUGUCUGGGAGUGUAUGAAGCAAUAGCAGCUUGUACCUUUUGCAACUGUCCUGCGGUGGUUGCACCUGCUGUACGUUGCACUCUGCGCGAAUAGGUCAUGCAGUGCCUUGCAAGGAGGACCACAACAGCGAGUGAAACAUGGAGAGCAGAAGCACAGAUGGCUGGAUGAUCUCCUGAACGGGAAGUUAAGGUAGCAGACACCAGUGCCCAGAAUCAUUUGUGGGAGUGCAGCAUCCGUUGUCCACAUAUUUAGUCAAUGGCUGAUUUAAAGUAAUCUGGUGCUUUACUUGGACUGUCAGGCAUGCUGAAUGCCCUGCAUAAAUUGAUAUCUGGCAUCUUAUGCAUGAUCCCACAUCCAUCUAGUGUAAAUCGGUGAACUGGUGUGUCCAUGCACAUUUGCGGGAAAUGUUCACUAAAAGGAAGACUCUGAAAGAGCUUCUGUUGUCUAGUUGUGGGAAUAAAGGAAUCUGCUUAACAUUUUUUAAUUGCUCUGGUUAAAAUUUUACACCUUUAGAAUAAAAAAUUUUAAUUACUUUUUUUAAUAUUGUAGAGUCAUGUAAUAAACCUAAAACGUAAGAAGUCUGAACUUCAGAGCUUGGUCAAAAUUGGUGCAUAAACACACAAUUGUGAAUCAUACAAUUGAUUUGGGGCAUUGGCAAAGCUUUAGUAGAGAACUUGUACAUUGUGGAUACAAGCGGUAACAGUAUAUGUAUUGGUUUUACACUUGGCAGUGUUACAGAUAAGUGUACAAAGUUCUAUUUGUUCUUGAAAAGACAUCUACUUGGAGGACUUGUGCAGUGUUGUUUACAUUGGACUUGCAGAUUUGCAGUAGCAAGCUCAGCGUACAAUGUGUUAUUUGUGCAACAUUGUUUCAAGAGUGCUUUCUGGAUACUUAGAGGCCGUAACUGAUAUGCAUCAGUGAUUGGCAUCCUAUCGGAUUAUGAGACCUACAUUUGGAGGUGCUAUCUGUGAAUCUUCCCAAUGAUUGGAGCAAUGCACAUGUUAACAUUUAUAAAGAUGCUGGCUACACUUAGAAAUAUGUGCUGCUUUUCAUAAAAAUGAGGUAUUCUGUCUCAAUGAAAUGCUGUGUGGCUGUAUAAAGAAUCGUGUGCAGCCUUUGAAUACUUUGUUUGGCACUCUUGAGUGGUAAAAUAUUUGUUAAACUUUUGUAUAUGAGGACAUUCAGGUUCGGGAAAUAUGUGCAGUUGAAGCUUGGUAAUACAAGUCUAUGUUGCACUGCCUUUUUGUUGCAAUACAAAAGGUGAUGUGCUUGAGGCACUGCUAGAACUCUACCUUUGUGGCAAUGAGAGCUGGUGCCAUCGGUAUGCAUAGGGGAGGGGAAGCACUGCUCAAUGUAUUGACUUAAUAGGGAGGUGGGGCUACAAUGCCCCCUCCCCCUUAAGGGGAAGCUCGUGCACACUUAUGGCUGAUGUGUUUCACUUUACAGUACUGGUGGCACGGAAUAAUAUUGGGACAUAGCUUUUACAGAGGAUGCCAAAUGCUCUUGAUGUCAUAGAUAUAAAGCACUCCCUUCAUAGAACAGAGUAACAAGCAUAACUGACAUAAUGUGCUUGAAAGUUCAGUAUGAAUGGCUACAAUAUGAACCACUGUACUUGCUGCACAUAAGAAUGGCAGGGUGCAUGCUAAAGCUUCAUAACAAUAGGGAUAUUUUUUUUGUGUGGCCCAUAAACUUUUUAUGCUGGAAGCAUGGUAGGCUGUGGUGAUGCGUCUAUGGUCUGAGUUAUAUUUUUCACGGGGUUGCUGCUUUGCCAAAAAUUUCAGAAUGUCGCUAUGUGAAUCAGCUGCCAUUGCUUGUGUGGUGAAUCUAUGCUGCACAGUAUGAGAAUUUCAGCAUGGAAUUUCUCGCCACUUGAGGCGCAAGUGCCCUUAUGAUAAGUGUGAGCUUUGAGAACGACAGAAAUUGCCCAUCCUCCGCUAGGCUGCUAAUUUGAUCUAGCCCUCAUUGGCUUUGUUUGGUUUGACAAGUGAUUCACGAAACUUUGAAUUCUUGGUGUGCUAUAAUGGUGCUAUUGUGUCUUGGUUAUCUCUAAUGUGGUUGCAGUGUGGUGAACACUAGUUCUUUAACAAAAAAGUUGUGAUUGUGAUGAAUUGAGUUGAAUAGCAAACGUGAAUAGGCUGGCUUACAGCAGACUGUCUGGGGCUUUUAAGGAGGAAAUUUGAAGUAUAAUGCAGCAUCUGGUGCAAGGUGUGGUGGGUCUUGAAGACUUGCUACUAGUGCUAUAAACGAGCGAUUUAUCAGUUUCCAUCUGUAGUUGCACUACCGUGAUCUUGGGUGGCCCCAUCCAUAGGCCUGCUUAUCUGAGAUAACAAGCAAAGGGUGUCACUGUGUAUUGUUGCCCUUCCAUAAUGGGAACAUGAAUGGUAGUGAACAGAAAUCGUACCAUAGCAAACCUCUUGCCGCUCUCUCAUUUGAAGAACAAACUGCGCAAAGAGGUUAUAAUGUAAACACUGGAACAAAUAUCUGAACAAGUACUAAUCGAUACACUUGUGUGACGUUGAAAAUCACUGUAAGCAUGCAUGACAUGUAUGUUUCAUUUGUCACUCGUUUAUCUUGGUUCAAAUUAUGUGUGUGCAAGGGUGGUGGAGCACAUCAGGGAUGUUCAUUUGUGUACCCGAAGAAGCAUCUGCCAGAUUUCUUGUGUGUAGUUUGCUGAGUUCAGCAUGGAUAAUUUUUUUAUAUUCUUAUGGGGAUGCUUUUGUGACCUUCCUUUACACCACUGACAGUGGCUAGACAAAGGUGCACCUUUGUGUGGUGAAGGAUUUACAAAGGCCACUUCCUAGGAGUCAUUCAGUGUACAUGUUUAAUACAAGCACUCUUUUGUCUCGCAUGUUGCUGGUGCUUGUGCAGCAGCAGUAGUGGAGCAUUUUGGCAUGUGGGUGAAAUUAGCACUUUAAGUUCGUAUCCUUAAAGGGACACUAAAGUCAAAUAACAAUUUAUGCCAGAGUGAAAUCUUACUGUAUGACUAUGUCUAAAAUGACAUUACUAUCAACAGCACUGUCGUGCUUCCCAGAAAGUAAGGUAAAUGCUUGACAGCACAUGCGCUACGAUAAAACACUCACCAAAUGAUCCCUAUGAGGUCAGAGGUACUGCCUACAAUUAAUCACUAGUAAUUGAACUAGCUGCUAUAAAUAAAGAACCUUCCGUGCAUCAAGAGGCGUAACAGAAUGCUGCUUGUUCGUUUCUGUUCGAUUCAUGGAAAUAAAAAACUGCCGAGUGUUGGCAUGAGUCAUUCAAAAGUUCAAUUUUCACCUGGCUAAACUGAACAGGUCAUGCCAUCUAGUGGGGCCCAGUUGAACCAAUAACGUCUGCCAUCUCGGAGAGAAUAGCAGGAAAUUGUUGAAUUACCGUUGUUGCUACUGUGGCUUCUGCUGCUUUCGUUCUGCUGCUACUAGUGUCAGCGGCCGUGCAGUAAAACUGGGCAACGUUGUACACGGCAACACUGACGAGAGAGGUUCCACUUGGGCCGGUAAUUUGAAGUACGCUACCCUGAUCCGGACCACUAAAACGUGAUUUUAUUUCAAAAUAAGCGCUUUCUUGGCAGAAAAGUAACACUAUGAGGUUUCUGGACCGCCAUUUCAACAAUCAAGGUCGAUUUAAUAGUUGCCUUUAGUGUCCCUUUAAGCAACACUUCCACAAGCCUAAGUGCAACAUUACGAAACCUAGUAUAUGGUCUUACAAAACUAAUGAUUAGUGAUGCUUACGGUUCACACACAAUUGCAUACUCAUUCACAUUUUUAUACCGAUGUGAUCAGUUUCGUUUGCUGUAAACGAGAAUCCUGAUGUGCUUUCAAUUUUUAAAAGCCGAUCAAUUCAUUUUUUAAAUAUUUCAGGAACAUUUUUUUUCUGACAUACCUACAUAUAAAAUGUGGUACAUGUGUCACUUUUUAUUUUACUUUUACACUUUAAUCCCCAAAGAGUUACUUUUUUUAAUAAUAUUGUAUAUUGGACAUUUUUGUCAGCUAAAUUUAGCUGACAUUUUGUACUUGGCUUUUAACACUUUAGUGCUUGCACUGUUUAUUGCAGUGGUUUUUGUCUGCUUUUGUAGUAUUUUAUCAGUUUACACGUGUAAAGGUUUUUUUACUGUUAUACUUUUCUAGUCUGUUUCUGUAUCUUAGAAAGUUUUUGGGUGAUGAUAGUUGAUGCUUAUUUCAUGUGUGCACACUACAUUACGACAAUAUGUGCCAUCAAUUUACUUAUUGUGGCACACUUUAGCAUUUCAUAAUGCCCACCGUCUCAUCGAGUUUUUGGUUCAUUGGUCAAAAAAAUUUUUGUUCUCGUGUUUUACUGUGGAUCUAGCCAUCUUUGUGUAUUUUUGCCUUAUUAUCAUUGAGUUUCUUAGUGAAAUGUGCCAGCAUGAUUGUGGUUCGUGAAGGACAGAGUUCUCAUGUUAUUUUUUGACUGGAAGGUUCUUGCUUGUCUCUGUUUGCAAUAUAUUUUGUGAAGAACAUUGGGCAUCGUGCUUGGCACUUUACUGUGCCUCCCUAGAGCGAUCUCAUUGCUGUGUGACGGAAUAGCAGAGGCCUCUUGCCUAGCAGAAGUCUCACUCGCCGUGGGUACGACAUGCCUUCCAACCCUCACCUUAAAUAUGCUUUGUGUAUAAGUGCGCAACAAUAUGUGCAUUUGUGUGGGCUUAGAGAAAGUGCUAUCAGAGAGAACACCUGGCACUGUGCGAGCCUUCAUUCAGCCAUUUGUUUCGGCAUGCCCGCCUGUUUUGAGAAUUUUAGGAACUGCUGUCUGUGCCCAAGUGUGACACACAGAAGAUAGAGAUGCAGCAUGCUUUUGUGGCUAGGCAUCUGUCGACUUAUCGAGGUUGUAACGUGAUUGUGGAGAGCAGGAGAGAAAUAUGGGUUAUCUUCUGCAACCUGUGCGGGAACAAGGCUUGCCACCCAUUGGUGCUGGAAGGCGAGAUGUGCAUACAAGCGGAAAGGCAGCAUUGACCUUGAGCAGCAACUGUAAUAAAUGAGAUAUUCUAUCAACAA